AUGAAUAAGGAUAACUUAAUGCAGCAAGCCCAACAUGUUUGGACUAUGUUGGAUGAGAUGGCUGAAAAUAACCCGGAUGGUUAUCGACGAUUUAUGGAGAAACAAAUGAAGGAUGCUAAGCAACAUAUAAAAUCGCCAGAGCCUGCAUUUUCAAUUAAAGUCAAUACACUUGAUCGUCGCGUUUUAUACAUCAAUAUCUGUGGUUGGGUUAGAAUUCCUGAGCCCCAAAGUGAUUCCCAUCCAGUACCAAUUAAAGCUGGAAUAGUCCAUAAAUUUGAAACGAAAAAGCAACAGUUUCACUAUAUUGAUGUCGCUGUUAACGAUAAUGUUAUUAAGAAUAGUUUGCGUGAUAAACAAUUUAAAGAGGAGCUAAUUUUACUAGCAAUGAGUUAUAUUAACGAUUCUACAGAAUGGGAUCUAAUGCCUGAUAAAUAUAGUAUUUUACAAGAAAAAUAUUACGGUGAUGAGACCAACAAAGCAAAACCAUCAAGUCAAGAUGAUGAUACACUUCGCAAUCAGCUAUUUUCGAUUUCGCGAGAGAGCGAUAACUACGAUUCUACAAGUACAGAUCCACUCCCAGAAUUAUCUAAUUUGCUUGGUAAAAUUAGUACUGGUAGUGAAAAUAAACCAACUAGCAAAAAUCUUAUUGAAGAGAUAUCUUCGACUGUUAUACAAAAUCCAAAUCAAGUAGAUACAUACUGUACGCCCCAACAUCAGAUCCAAGUGUUUGGUCAUGAUCCGCCAAUGAUGAUAAUAACAAUCAAUUUACCCCAAACUGAAUCGGUUCAAGAAUGCGAAUUAGACAUUUCACAGGUGGAUUUAAACUUAAUUGUACCGAGUAAAUAUAAAUUACUGCUGAAAUUUCCGCAGAAAGUGCAGGAUGAUUUAGCAAAGGCAACUUUUAAUAAGAAAAAAGGCGAUUUAAAGAUUAAGAUUCCAAUUGCAAGCUGA